AUGUCUCGUCAAGGUCCUGGCCUGGCCGACUUGGAAAAAGAGUUGGUGUGCUCGAUCUGCACCGAGCUCCUUUAUCAACCCUUGACCCUACUCGACUGCUUGCACACCUUCUGUGGUUCUUGUCUCGCAGAAUGGUUUAAGGCCCAAGGAUCGCGCCGGUCGUCCGGCUCUUCACCUCGCUUCACCUGCCCUUCCUGCCGAGCUGAAGUGCGCGGCACUCGGCCAAAUGCGACGGUGACAACCUUGCUGGACAUGAUCCUGGUGGCGCAUCCCGACCGGGUGAAAUCGGUGGCUGAGAAGGAAGAGAUUGCUCAGCGAUACAACCCCGGAGACUCGGUGUUCCCGGCGGCCCCCGCACCGGACGACAACGCAGGAGAUGAGGAUGACGAUGAUCGACGGCUGCUGGAGGAAGUUCGGGAGCUGAGUCUUCGAGAGAGUCGGGCACAGGCGAGGCGUGAGAAUCGUCGAACAGGACAACAGUCAAGGGCUCGUGAGAGGAACAGCCAGCCCGAGCGACAAACGGACGAUGGUCGGUCCCGCCGCCGGCGAGAGGACGACGCAAUACGACCGCAUGCUGCACGGCCCCACGGUGACGAGCGAACUCGACGUAUCGAGCACCAAUCCAGUCUCAGGUCAUUGCUCAGCCUCUCCGAUGCGGAAACGAUGGAGGAAGAGAUCUUGCGGCAGAUCGUGGAGGACGGGCUAUUGGAUGAUAUUGACUUGGACAAUCUGGGCACCGCACAAGAGGAAGAGCUUACUGAACGGAUCGCCGAUGCCUAUCGCCGGAGACACUUGCAACGAUCACACUCUCGCCAAGGGCAAGAGAGGAGACAAUCGCCUGAGCGACAACAGGCAAGGUCGCAGUCGGCCCGAAGAUCUACGGAGGUAACCCCGAGCGCUCGAGAGCAAGGAAGUAGACGACCACCUGUCUCCCGUCCACAUCUAUUCGACACACCUGCACCUCCACAGCGCCCAGGUCAUUCGAUUCACCAGCGACGUAACUCGGAACAAGCCAGUGGGCGACACCGGACAUCGCCAGUGUCAAACCAGGCGUCCGUAUCUGAAGACGCGCUGAGGCCCGCCGCUCGGUCCUCCAGUGACAUGACCACCGAGCGUUCUCGCAGCUCCCAGACGGGCCGCGUUAGAUCAGAUUCAUCGACUGUUCGGCCAAGGCGAGCAACCGAAUCCGAACAGAACAUAUCUGAUGUGUGGAUGGGCGGCGGGCGAGAGCAGAGCUCUUCAAGACGGGUCACCAGCCAGUCAGCAAACAACUCUCCGACCUCCGUCGUCUCGCCAAUGCUAAAUGCAUCGCACAAUUCCACCCCGACAGAUCAUCCCGCUUCAUCCUUGUCCUCGCCAUUGGUUCCAGGAAGAGCCGAAAGGCGGUCCAGGCCAUCCUCAUCGCGAUCCAACGCGCCUCAGUCACCUACUGUGCAAUUCACAGAACCAUCUCAUUCAUGUGGUCGAUGUGGGAAGAUGAACAUCCAGUACGAGCUACACAAGAGGUGUCCACAGUGCAAAGAGGGGAAUUUCCAUCUCUGUCUGCGAUGCUACCGGUCAGGACGAGGCUGUUUACAGUGGAAUGGCUUUAGUACAUCUGCCCGGGCAACCCUUGAAUGGAUACUCGCGUCGUCAAACCACCGUCCGCCGCAGAUUCACGAGUCUGGCCAUAUCCUUUGGUCAAUCAGAUAUGACCGCCCUCCCGACACAGCCCGGCAGACGAAUAGCGGCGAAAGACAAAUGACCAGCGACAAUCCAGCUCGCCGCUUGCAAGCCGGGCUAUUUUGCGACAUCUGUCUGUCCUCAGCGAACGAAUGCUAUUGGAAAUGCGGUCAAUGCAACGAGGGCGACUGGGGAUUUUGCAACCAUUGUGUAAAUCAAGGACGUUGCUGUACCCACCCAUUGCUGCCAAUCCGGCGUAUUGCUCAAGUGCCAUUCUCAUCGGCCACUGUUGCCCCUGCCGACCCGACAAACACUCCGACUAUCUUGCCGGAUACCGAGAGCUACAAGAUUCUCUCCUUUUCCACCAACUGCGACAUCUGCACAUACCCGAUCCCGGCGUCGGUGACCCGAUUCCACUGUCUGGAAUGCAACAGCGGCGACUACGACGUGUGCACCAACUGCUACCUCAAGCUCGUCGCAACAUGCAAGAUCAGCAAGGAAAACGGCCACAACGGCUGGCGCCGCUGCCUGGCCGGCCACCGCAUGAUCAUCGUCGGCUUCGAGGACCACCACGACGGCCAGCGCCGCGUCAUCGUACGCGACCUGGUCGGCGGCCGCGCCCUCAAGGACGAACACGUCGCGCGCUCCCCCCGUCCUCCUCCCCAGCCAGCGGCGGACCUGUCGCGUCUCCGGAAGUUGGGUCUGGAGACUGGAGCUGGAAGGAGGGGCCCGAGCGCCUCCCGUCUCCGCACCGCUGUCCCCCUCUCAAACCACUCCCAUCAUGCUGUCUCGACCUCGGAGCUCUCCAAUACUUCUUCUGGCAGCCCCGUCUCCCAACACGCGUCAUCGUUUCGCCGUUUCCCGCCCAACGGUGGCGUCGGUCUCAUUGCUCAUGCUUUGUGGUCCUGGUACCCCGAGGAAGAGGUCGAGGAUGAGCUAGUCUUCCCCCGAGGCGCGGAGAUCACUGAGGCGGAAAAUAUCAACGACGACUGGUUCUGGGGCUGCUAUGCCGGUCGCACGGGUCUGUUUCCGGGCGCACAUGUUCGGAUCGUUGGGGAGGUUGCGCAGACGCCGCACUGA